AUGGCGGCCGCGGCCACUAAGACGAUCUUCUCCUUUGUAAGCUAUGACAACCAUAGGGUACCCCAGGACCCAAAGUCUCGCACCUUAAUCCGUCGGCAUGCUAUGCGGGAUGUGGCCACGACGAGGAAGCAGAAGCGAAACUAUCGCGGCAACGCGGUCCAGUAUCCAGAGUCGGUGCUGUAUGGCCAGGACUCGCACGAUGCGUGUGCUGGCCAUGCGCCCGCUGGUAAAGAAGCUGUAGCGAAGAGGCGAGCAACCAAGCGUAAGCUAUUGAAAAAGGCGACAGACAGCAGCCCGCAGCCGACCAAGCAACAGCUCAUACGAAUCCACACAAUCGUUGUCGAUGACUACAGCCAAAAGUUCAGCACGAGGUUCCCCAUCUUGGAGCUCAUUGCACCACUCACAGGCCUGCAUCUGGGGAUGGCCUACAUCUCCUGCUUUACCUUGGAGCCCGGUAGGACUGGAGACGGACUAUUCUCAUUGCCGUUGUCUCAAAUGCAGAGCAGAAGGCUGUUGGACUAUUUGCCGAGCCUGUAUGGAAAAGCUACCGCCUUGACUUAUACUGUUGAUUGUCUUGUAGCAAGGCUAGGUCAAAUCACCCGCGGCUUGGCUAGCAAUACUUCAACGGAAGAGAUAGAUGGCGAUGUUCUCCAUCACUAUGCCAAGGCCCUCAAAGAAAUUCAGAGGGCAAUCGAUGAUGAGGAGCUCCGAAUGGCCCAGGAGACGCUGUAUGCGGCAGAACUGCUUGGGAUUUUUGAGCUUCUGAGCCCCAAUCCACAGAUGGCGUCCUGGAAGUGCCACGCAGCAGGAGCCGCCAGGCUAAUUCAGCUUCGUGGCCCUGAGAGAUUCAAGUCCGACUUUGAGCUGGCCCUUUUUAUGGCCCACAUCGGCCCAAUAGUCACUGAAUCUUUCCUCAAUAACAAGGAGUGCUUCCUGACCGAGGGGCCCUGGAAGAAAGUCUUGCGCGCCGCCAUCUGCCAUGACCCGACCAUACCGGCGGAGCAGAGCAAGCUCAUCUAUAAGCUUUGGUCUGCCCUCAUCUUUGGACCCAACAUAUUCAAAAAAGUCACCGGCUUGAUCCUGUCGCCCACGCCGCCUGCAGAAAGUGAGAUUGAGGCGGCAGUCGAGAAGCUGCAGAAGGACCUGACUUACCUGAGAAUGUGGGAAGACUUGUUGCGGCAGCAGCAGCAAGGGCAAACCCCUCCAAGUGAAGACGACAUGGACCCAAGCAAUAACAUGAAGUUCAUCUUCGCAGCUCCUGGCUGCAACAAAGGAGUGAAUUCCAUGCCGUGGCCAGUCCUCCGCGGCACCUUCAUGACGUGCGGUAUGCUGAAGAGGCGACUCUUGGUGUCGCUUGUGCCCUCUCGCUUCCCUCACGUCGAGGCAGAGGCUCAGGCGCUGGCUGAAACAGCGCUGGAGCGUAGCAGAAACCCAGCUGCGCGCAAAGAGGAUGGCCUUCUGGGCGGCCUUUUCCUGGCGCAAACUGUCUGGGUGGCGCAAGCUGUCAUCUCCACCAAGAACAUCUGGUAUGGAACCACAGCCGAUGCAAGCACGCUGGUGCCAGAUGAAAAUGCCAUGGGGCCGAUGAUUGAGCAGUGGAAGUUUAGGAUCUGGUGCAAGGAGCUCGGAAGGAGCGUCACGUAA